AUGGCCGUUGUGACUGAAUUGAGGCCUGGCCAUGAUCCUUGGUGCAUUAAAAAGCAGCUUUUUGAAAGUGACCUCGGCAACAUGUCUAGGCUCUUGUUGGCAUCGAAGGUCGUAGAAUCUCAUAUUUUUCCCUUCUGGAAUGCUGAUCAACUUACGAAGGCUAAGGAAGGAUUGCCAGUUUCUGUGUGGGAUUGUGAUACAAAGGCGGAACAUGAGAUGAUUUUCAGGCAAUGGAACAAGGGGACCAAUGUGCUCAUCAAGAAUUGGAUCAUGGACUUUGUGACGAGGAGGGAACUGAAGCUUGGUGACGAAAUUGGCUUUUACUGGGACGAUUGCAGUUCAAGAUUCAAAUUUUCUGUUCUUAACCAAGCUGCAAGGCAUUAA